AUGGCGGCAUCGCACACAGAUGCUGGCCGUUCUCUCGCUCAAGGAGACAGCACAACCACGCUCGCUCCAUCAGUUCCACCCACCGCCAUAAGCUCAGCCCAAAAGCUUAACCAACUGUUUGACAGCCCAAAAGAACCCAAGAAAAUCACUGGUAGCAUUGAGAAAACAACAGCCACUGCCGCCGCAGCCGCCGUUGAAGAUAGAGCCCCGGACGGUGGAUAUGGCUGGGUCUGCACCUUCUGCAGCUUCAUGAUCCACGCCAACACAUGGGGAGUAGGAUCACCAUGGGGAAUAUUUCUCGAUCGCUACAUAUCCCAAGGUACUUUUGCGCGAGUGGGGAGGUUUGAGUACGCCAUCAUCGGAGGCCUGGCUAUGGCUAUGGCCCUCAUCGUUGCGCCACUGGCAAAUCGCUGCAAAAUAGCCCUGGGAACUCGAGGGACGAUAGUGCUAGGGUCCGUGAUUGCAUCCAUUGGAGUUCAUACUUCAUCAACUGCAUCCAAGGUUUGGCAUUUGGUGCUAUCGUAUGGAGUUUGUUAUGGGUUGGGGAUGGGGAUAGUGUACAUUCCUACCCUCUCCGUUGUCGGCCCCUGGUUUUCCAUCCACCGGAGUCUAGCCAUUGGCAUUGCGACAGCCGGAUCAGGCUUUGGCGGGCUGGGGUACAGCCUUCUCGCCGGCAAGCUCAUUGCCACGUACGGAAUUCCUUGGACCUGGCGCAUUAUGUCCUAUAUGAUGUUCUUCUGCAACUUCUUCUGUGGCUUGCUUGUCAGAGAGAGCCCGGUAACAAAGUCACCUGUCAACAACCCUGUUGCGGCGAAGUCCUCAUCCUUCAGCUUCCACAUCUUCACCCGCCCGCAAGUGCUUCUCAUUCUCAUCUGGGGCUUCAUGGUGGAACUCGGCUAUGUGUCGCUGUUCUUCUCGCUUCCAAGCCACGCCACCUCCCUCGGCCUCGAUCUCAAUCAAGGGUCCAUUGUCCAAGCCGUGCUGAGCCUCGGUAUUGGAAUUGGCCGCCCCUGCGUGGGCUGGGUAAGCGACAGGCAAGGCCGGAUCAACACGGCACUGUUGAUGACGCUCUUUUGCGGUUUAAUCUCUCUUACUUUGUGGAUCUAUGCCCGAUCGUAUCCCCCGCUGUUGGUAUUUGCAUUCCUUGCUGGCAUCUCAUCGGGUACGUUUUGGAGCACUGCCAACCCCAUCGUCACAGAAGUGGUGGGAUUGAGGCAGUCCUCGGCCACGUAUUCAGCGGUGUGCUUGGUGAUGGCGCUGCCUGCUACUUUUGGGGAAGCUAUCGCUCUGCAGUUCGUGGAUGAGAGCAGGACAGAUGACGCCAAGUUUUUGCCCUCGCAGGUGUAUGUUGGGUGCACGUACUUUGUCGGGGCGGUGGCGUUGUUGAUGUUGAGGGCGUGGAGGGUGUGGCAGUUGCAGAGAAACCUGGCGGUCGUGGAAGAUGCCGAAGUAGCUGGGGUUGUGCCUGAGGAGAAGAGGGUGUAUGGGUGGAUGAUGCCGAGGAUGUGGAUCAAGGUUGUGAAGGUAUGA